AUGGAUGCUAAACCAGCUCCGAUGCCAAAGCUGUUAUACGGCACGGCUUGGAAGAAAGACGCAACGGCCGAGCUUGUAAUCUUAGCCUUGAAGACUGGUUUCAGGGGUAUCGAUACCGCAGCUCAACCACGGCAUUAUAGAGAGGAUCUCGUCGGGGCUGGUGUUAAGAAAGUAAUAUCGUUGGGUAUAGUAAAGCGGGCCGAUCUGUUCGUUCAAACCAAAUUCACCUCGGUAGAUGGCCAAGAUCAAAAACACCUACCUUACGACCUGAACGCUUCCCUAGAAGAACAAGUCCACUCUUCCGUAGCGUCGUCGCUUAACAAUUUCCGCUAUUCAGAGUCGGACGAGCCCUAUAUCGACAACUUAGUCCUACACUCUCCUCUUCGUACGCUAUCAGACACGUUCAGCGUUUGGAAGGCACUAGAGACAUAUGUGCCUCACAGAAUCAGACAACUAGGAAUUUCUAACACGCCGCUUGAGGUUGUUGAUUUUUUAAAUACCAGCCCUGAUAUCACUGUUCGUCCAGCGUGCGUGCAGAACCGCUUUUAUCCGUCCACGGGCUGGGAGGUAGAUCUACGGGGGUAUUGUCGAGAAAAAGGUAUAACCUUCCAAGCUUUCUGGACAUUAUCGGGGAACCCACGGCUCCUGACGAGUAGGAGCGUUCACGAGUUAGCCGCGAGCGCAAACGUCGAGCCACCAGUUGCGUUGUAUGCACUCGUGCUUGGUCUCGAAGGCAUAUCGAUCUUAGACGGGACAAACAACGAGGCACAUAUGAAGGCUGACUUGAACGAUAUUAACACUGUGAGCGAGUACGCACAGAGCGACGAGGGUCAACACGUCUGGUCGAAUUGUCUGCAUAAUUUCAAGAAGCAGAUCGGUGAAAAGCAGUAAACCGACUUGUAUCAUAUCAUAUUGACGUAAGAGGCAGGCGACGGUAGUGAAAAAGGGAGAAGAAGAUCAGUUGUUCAGACAUCGAAAUGGGGAGAGGCUGCUCGGAUCUCUUCUUAACCGAUAUGCGGCGCAAUUGCGUCUGUUGGAG